AUGUCUGAAGUUGGUAAAUUGGUCAUUCCAAGCACUUACAGCCUCGUGUUAGUCCCAGUCCUCUGCCCAUCGUAUUUUGAAUGUACUCAGUUAAAGUUAAAGUCCUAAUUGUUUAACAAAUCCCAAAUUUAAAUUUUAAAAUUUUGUUUUUCACAUCAGGAUUUACAUAAGUUUUUCUAUUUGAAUCUUCUUAUAAACGGUUUUCUCGGUAACUUUUUACGCUCUUUCAUCCUAUAUAGGUCUCGUCCGAAAAGCCGGGGGAUAUUUGGUGCAAUUCCCUAGUAAGCGUAAGUGCAAGCCUAUGCCUACAUCUAAGCCUAAUUAUAAGCCUAGAUAUAAGCAUAGACUGAAACUUAAAGAAAAAUUUCAAAAGUAAUCCUAAACUCAAACCCCAUCCUCAUAAGCCUAACUCGUCCUAACCAUUGCAGAAACUAUGUGUUCAAACAAAAUCCGUGAUACGUAACGAAACGGAAUCGGGAGAUCCGCAAGAUCUUCAAGACGAUAUCUGCAGACGAGGAUCUAACGUUUCAAAAUCAAUUGCUGCAUCUUGUGUAAGACAGAAAAAAAUUUAAAUUAAUUUUUUAAAAUUAAAAUAAAUAAUUUUUAGUAACUGAAAAUUAUUGAUUUUAUACGAAUUUAUUUUACAAUUCAAUAUAAUAAUUAAUAACUAUUCAACUUUCAGAAACAGAUUGGUCGAAAAGCUUGCUAUGAAUGCUAUACUGCUGUUGCAAAUUUUUAUAAAGCCAACAUUGGUAAAGCUUCGUAUGUUGAUUAUGACUGUGAAUCCAAGUGUAAUGAGGAAAAUGAAUUUUAA